ACCUUUUCUCCAGUCAAAUUCUACCUACUCAGUCCGAUAUCAAAUGGAUUUCACACAUCAAGCGCGCCGCCGUCAGCUCCUCUCAUCAUAGCCCCCUUCUCUUCUCUUAGUUCUCUUGUUUUACCAUUCAAUUCAUCCCUCUAGCACGACAUCCAUCGCAUUAAUCUUGCCGCGGCUGCCCACUUUGAAAUCCCGCAUUUCACCGACGUUAUCCUUCCUCGAUCUCCAACCAGAACCACGGGAUACCUGAUCCGCGCACUUCACAAUGGUUCGCAAUAUUGUCGUUCUGGGGGGCAAUUCCCACCCUCAGUUGGUUAAUACCAUCUCCAACAUUCUUGGUGUGCCACCUUGCAAUCGCAUCCUCAAGAAAUUUUCUGUCGGAGAGAGCCGCUUGGAGAUCCAAGAUUCUGUUAGAGGAAAGGAUGUCUACAUUGUCCAAUCUGGAGGCGGCAACGUCAAUGAUCAUUUCGUUGAUCUAUGUAUCAUGAUCUCUGCAUGCAAGACAGGAUCUGCCAAACAAGUUACUGCUAUUCUACCCUUGUUCCCUUAUUCGAGACAGCCAGACCUUCCCUACAAUAAGGUUGGGGCACCGCUUUCGAAAGCUCCUACCGGUAUCAAUAGGGGUGACUUCACCUUCGAAAGUCGUCCCCCUACACCUGGUGCAGGACCACAAACACAAGGCCUCGCAAAUGGAAAUGGAAUGGAAGGAUUGCAGAAGAAGCUGGGCAAAGCAUCGCUUGAGCAACAAAAUGGUCUCUCAUACACGAACGGCAUCACUCCGCCAAGAAGAUCCGAUACCAAUGAUUCGCUCGUCUCCUUGAAUGGUCGCGGCAGGGGCAAUUCAGGAUCUCAAGCUCCAGCUUUCACUACUCAUGACUACGAGAAUCAGGCUAUGCUGAAGGAUGCCAAAAACAUUUUCCAGCCAAAGCCAGGGUACAAGCAGUGGGUUGCUCAGGCUGGAACGCUUGUGGCAGAUCUCUUGACCUGUGCUGGUGCCGAUCACAUCAUCACCAUGGAUUUGCACGAUCCUCAAUACCAAGGCUUCUUCGAUAUCCCAGUGGAUAACUUGUAUGGAAAGUCUCUUCUCAAGAAGUACAUCCAAACCAAGAUUCCAAACUUUAAGGAUGCCGUCAUCGUCAGUCCAGAUGCAGGUGGAGCGAAGAGGGCAACUGCAAUUGCGGAUGAUCUUAAUGUUGACUUUGCAUUGAUCCACAAGGUAAAAUUGCCCCACAAUUCUGAACUUGCGCAAACUUAUACUCCUAGGAACGUCGUCCUACAAGAAUCACAGAUCGACAGAAUGCCACCAUGAUGCUCGUAGGAAAUGUCGCAAACAGGAUCACGAUUCUUGUUGAUGACUUGGCGGACACUUCCAAUACAAUCACCAGAGCUGCUAAGCUUCUGAAGAAAGAGGGCGCAACAAAGGUCUACGCACUCCUAACCCACGGUGUUUUCAGCGGAGAUGCCAUCGACCGGAUCAAUGCUUCCCCAUUGGAUAAGGUCGUUGUAACGAAUAGUGUUCCCCAAGAAGAGCACCUCCGACUGUGUCCCAAGCUGGAGGUUCUGGAUGUUGGUCAAGUCUUCGCCGAGGCCAUCCGUCGUGUUCACCAUGGAGAAUCAAUCAGUGCUCUGUUUUGGGAUUAAGCAUAAGGAGUUUUCUUUCCUCGGUUUUUUUUCUAUCAUGAGCAAGCAUUUUCACAAAUUUGGCGUUGGGGAAUCUGAUCGUGGGCUGGGAUUGGGUAUCUGUCGUAAGGCUUGCGGAAGACCCUCAUCGACAUUGUGCCAAAAGAUACAAUUGCUAUACCCAUCAAUCCGCAGUCGCGGAUCAUACUUACUUCCAAUCUUCGGGAGACUUAGACAAAAGUCCAAUAUCUAUUGGCUUCCAUUGAACGCUUCCCAAGUGCUGGAUAAAAGGCGUGGAGAGUUGCAUUUGAGUAUCUACUGUAAAGGACCAUAGAAAGCAGAAAAAAAUAGGAUGUCAAUUGGAG